GGAAAGUGUUUCAAGAUGUCUGCCGAUUGGCAAGACUGGCUUGGACUACAAGUUCCAUAUUGCACUCGGUCGUUUCUAUAGAAACGGGUUGUUGUCUCAUUACAGGAAGCUAAUGUGCCACCGUGACGUUUGGUAGCUGUAUAAUGUACCUAACACUCUGGUACUUCACCGUAACAUCAUCUCCCCCUGCUGGCGGGUGACUAUGUAUGGAGCUCCGGUGGAUUUAUCUUUUAAAAACAUCAGCAGUUUAACAGACACAUGGAUAGAGGAGCCCAACAGCGGUCUGCGGCCUUUAAAGAGAAAUUCAGAGAUGAAAUAUCUCAGCUGUUCCCUGCGCCUCAACAACAACAACAUCACCGACCUUCAUGACCUCCAGAAGACUGUUAGCCAUUUCCUGGCUCAGCCGGCACAUCUAACCUGGUUGGAUCUUUCCUUCAACAAAAUCGCACAUAUAGACCACGUCUUGUGUGAGUUGCGUGAACUACGUGUGUUGUACCUUCAUGGAAACAGCAUUUUUAUUCUGUCAGAGGUGGACAGGCUGGGAGUGCUGGCACAUCUGCACACCAUCACUCUGCAUGGAAAUGUCAUAGAAACCAACAAGGCAUACAGGAAUCGCGUGAUAUCCGUCCUGCCUCGGUUAAAGACGAUGGACUUCAGCGCCAUAACGCGACAGGAGCGAGUCUUGGCAAAGAUCUGGCACCAGAGCAACAGCCGCUGCAGGAGCAGCAAGGUUAACCAGUGACUGCUGGCUCGUCUCCAUCCAUAAACUGAUAUUCUUUACCUGUUUGUCCAGUGCACACUUUAUUAAGGUGGUUUAGAUGGAUGUAGGAUCAGUGUAUGAAAAAUCAGAGUGCCUCUCAGAUGACCCACUCAGGGUUUGUCUGGGUUUUUCUGGUACAAUGGCAUUAAUGUAUUAAUAUAUUCGAUGAAGCCAUGGAAAGCUUUACCCAGACACUGAUACUGAACAUUUUCAGAUUUACAUGUCCCUAAAGUACACCCACAAAUCAAAAUGUAGCAUUAUUAUAUCAAAAUUUGUAUUUACUAACUAAAACUAAUCCGAAAAUAACUUGAAAUUGAGGGAAAAAAUUGAAAUUUAGACUUAUGGAAGGCAAAAUAUGUGUUUUUCUGUGACAGAAACAAGCUUCCAUUGAGGGGUGAGUCAAAAUUUCAUGCAUUCUAAGUCUCUGAACCAAACUCACUGCAGAUCAUGGGGAGACAGCCUGUUGUUGACGAGGAUUGUUGUGUGUGUGUGAAUGAAGCACACACGAAGGGAUUAAUCCAAACAUUGAAUAAAGAGGCUGACAUUACCAUUAAAAAACUAGCUGUACGAUCUGGCAUUGAAUGGAUGGCAAGUCAGUCCUUAAAUACUAAGGAUGGAUAAGAAGGUGACUGAGAGCUGCAGAGAAAGCAGGAGGGUCAUAGAGAGAAAAAUAAAAGAAGAGGGAGAGGCUCUGGGAAACAACGACCCUUUGAGCAUUAAUAUCAUGGAAUAUGUCACAAUUGCAGCAGCAAAUCUGCACCAAUUUAAUCUCUCUCCAAUUUUUUUAAAAAGAGCUUACAUGUGUUGCAUUUUGUAUAGUCAUCUCUUGUACUGAGCAGGUAUGAGAGCUCAGAAAAAGGCCAAAAAGUGACAAAAUUCAGCCUACUUCUGUUUACUAGCAGGGCCUAUAACUCAGAACUAAGUUUAAUAGUAAUUUUGCAUGGCUUUAUUAAAUAUACCAAAGUCAGUAUACAAAAAAGGCAUAAAAAAGAGAGACACCUGACUUUUCUUUAAAUCAGUUAACUCAAGCGUGGCUGACUGAUGAGGCCACUGAUAGUAACUGUACUUCAGAAUUAGUAGUGUUGUAGUACAUUACUGUUCUUUAUCCAUAUAUCGCUAAAUGUUCUCAUUCACAUCCAGAUAUCUGAUCAUUCAUGUGGGUUUUGGAAAUAUUUUAAUACUGUUUGCGACAAAGUUAAAUUAAAGAUAGUGCUGUUGACCAUCUCUGUAGCAUCACUGAAUAAUUACAUCUGACAUUAGAGCACACUGAGGUCAGGACAGGAGCAGUUUGUUAAAAGUCUUUAAUGAAUUAAACAAAACAAAAAACAAAACUAAAACUUUUUGGUACUAGCCUAAGACAUUACAAACAUAUUUAAGGUAGUAUUACACAGUUGAGUAACAAACGUAAAAGGAAAACUAAAUGCCAAGAACCCAUUGCAAAAAGCUCAGAUCAGUCGCGUGGUUUAAAUAAUCAAAGCCUAGCAGAUUAUCCCUUUAGAGUCUAGAGCACUUCACCGUGCUCCCUGCCCACACAUACAGUCGUGCUCUCCUCCAAGGAGCAAAUAUAUACUCGAGAAACAGAAAUAAAUAAUCACAAAAAGGGAUCGAUUCAUUUUGUCUGCUGCUGUAGACUGAUUGUUAACACCCUCUCCCCUGCUGCACUGCUAUAACGGUUAGUUUCUGAUUAUGAACAAAUCCAAUCAUAUUGCAGGGGAAACCUCUUUGUUUAAAAGCUUAACAAAUGCAGGCCUUAAAAGUGUUCUUGUGUUUCAUAAAAACUUAUCGCCACAAGAUCUUAGCCAAUUCUGACCAGUGAAGUCUCUACAAAAAGGAGGGACUUCAUACAAUCCAUCAUGUUUUGUUUUUUUAUAUUCAAGCAGAAAAUUCUGUACAAAGGCAUGAAGACACAAUAUCUGUCCCUACACACACUCGCACACACCCAACCACUCACUUUCAUCUUUGAAUAUUACACUUGAACUUCUGGCCUGCUCGUUUAUUUAAUGCUAGAUAAGCGCAGAGGACACGGCGCCGCCUGUAAACUCCAGAAUUGUGACCCAAGAAAAGCUGCAUCCUCACCCGCCAGCCAAGGAAAGGUUAUUUAAGGUUUGGCCUCGACUGGAAUAACAGGUUACUCCACUGUCACUGUCAAAUGUCAUUGAAAUUCCCUCUAGCCUGGUUAGUGUGAGUUGUGUAUGGUUGCCAGCAUACUUCACUAAAUGAUAACGUUUUAAUUUUGGCAGAAAAAGUGUGUCAUUCCUUUUUUCUGGUGCUAAUUUUAACAUACUUCUUGCUGCUCAGGGAUAAAGACUGAAGAAUGUCUGGUGACAUCAAGGAUGUUAAACAGAGCUAAACAUAUAUGAAGCGUAAAGAUUAAAUCAUGUUUGGGGGUUUGUUUUGCUUUUUUUUACCCUGGUAAAUAAAAUAUUAGACAUGUGGUGCAAUGAUUAUUUGCAAUAUUCCACGCCACAGUGAUCCCUUAUUUUCAGUGGAGAUUUUAUCAAAUGUAUUGUAUUAACCAACAGCCAACAGCUUUGUGCCAAAAAUCCAACAGCUUUAUCCCAGGUGAGUCCAACAUAGAUAUCAGCAAGGUGACAAGCUAGCUCUGAUUCUUAGAAAACAAAGAAACUAAAAACACCCCUGGACAACUUUUUCUUUUUUUUUUUUAAGAGAUCAUCAAAAAGGUUGAUUUCCACAGCUGGAGGCCUCGCUGAUGCACAUAUGAGCUCAAACCCAUCUUCCAUUUGUCACUGAAUUAAUUACACUCGAGGACAGCCACAGGGUA